UUCCCGGCGGGUCUCCAGCUCUGGGGCGUGCCCUCCACUCAUGGAGCCACGGAAUCGGCAAGGUUGGAAAAGAGAGAUCUUUAAGAUCAGUCAGACAUUCCAAGUAACAUCACAGGAAGCUACAAAGCUGAGUCUGGCAUUCUCAAGGCCUCCACUACCUUCUGCAGAGGAUUGUCAGAAGCUGAGUGAGGAUGUCCAAAAUGCCAUUCUUGCAGUUGCCACCGUGUACUACUGGCUACCCAAGGGCCAAGGUACAACUCUUCGGAAGAUGGUUCGAGAUGCUACCACUGAAGUAGUGGAAGGGAUGAUCCAGCUCACAGACACAAUUCUCAAUGCUCCAGUGGAGAGCUUGUCUCAGGAACAGCUGAUAUCAACUGGAGGUGUGUGGGAGGCCUGUGAGCAAGUGUCUAACCUGCCACGAGAUAACCAGGCAGCAGUUGUGUCGACUCUGGCAGCAUGUCUAGGUGUGGUCAAGGAUGCUGUGGAGGAGAUGGAACAUGCACUGGUGGAAGGGCAGGAUCCCUAUGGGGACAUCAUGGAAGAUGAAGAGCUGGGCUUUCGGGGCAACAGAGACACAUACUGGUCAGAGGCUGACCGGCAGCUGCUCAGCUCCUGCAUGGGAUUAAUGAAGGCUUCUAAAGCUUGCCUGAAGAAAGUCUUGGCUGCAGUGAAGGCCCAUGGCAAAGCUGAUUCUCCAGAGCAGAUUGCACAGCUGGAUGACCUGGCAGACAUUGCUAAUGAGAUCAGCCCAAGUGUUGAUGAGCUGGCACUGAGCAUGUACCCGCCUGUGAACCCAUUGGCUGUGCGACUUAAUGCUGCUAAGUUGGCCUCAGUAUUAAAGAAAGUCUUAGAGAUUGCAAAGACAAGCCAUGUAUGUCCAGCAUCAGAGGAAGGCUGGGUGCAGUUUCUAACUGGCGCAGUAGACCACAACAUGAACAAAGUUAAGAACUUCCUGGCAUCUGCAUUUCCAGUGAACUUUGCUGUUCUUCAGCUGCAUGGAAAAUGA